CUUACUGCACGUAAUGCGGUUUCAUUUCAACAUGCCCAUUAUUAGUUCAUUAUCGUAAACGUGCAUAAGUUAUACACCGCGAACACGUGCGAAUUGAGGAUAACCGCGGACAGAAGAGUCACGAUAACAAAUGAGGAAUGCGCAAAUAUCUCUGACAAGAUACGUACGGUCAGCAUUCGCGUAUAUCGGUUUAUAUCAAUUAUCGAAAUUCGUCACAUCUACGACAUCACGCAAGCGUAAUAUUAUAUAUUCCCAAACAUCUCGUUCUAGAAACACGGUGUAAUGUUCGGUGGCUCGGGAAAUUUAUGGAAAUGUGGCAAACCUAUUAAAAAAUGGGCCAAACUGCUUUCACUUGAAGUCUUUAUUCGAGAUGUGGAGUUAAUACCGCUCGCAUUUUUGACAGUUUGGUCGUCGGCCACCAUAUGUUUCUGGACAUAUCAUAGACUCUUCAUUUCCACGAUUGACGUUCAGAUGACCCAGUACGCGAGAUACGAGAUUCCUUCCGUACCGAAAUUUUUCGAUCUGCGAAAUCCACGUUCUUUAAAGAUAUUAACAUUCACCCAUUACAAACCGGCCAUCCAUUUGGACAAUCGCUACAGAUUAAUGAGACACGAACCGAUGUUAGAUGCUGAUUACAAAGAGACGGAUCAAAUUGGAGAGGAUAAUAUUGAAGAAUAUGAUUGAGAAAAUUGAAUUGAGAAAAAAAUUGCAGAAGCCGAAAGGAAGCUUCAAAUUUAAAUAUACAUACGUUAUUUGUUGUAAGAUUUCAAUAUUGAUAAUAUUUGUCGAUAAUAUGGAAUCAUAUGGAAGAUUUUUUAAUUGAAUAAAAUCAGAAUUGCAACUUGUUGAGA